CAGCCUGAGAUAUGGAGGUGGGAUUUUUUCAUCUGUUGCUGGAUGCGUCGGCAUAUAGACCAUAGUAAUGCCUGCACCAAGGAAAAGCCCGACAUCGGAGGAGUUCGAGGAGAUGAGGUUCACACUCCACUCCCUAUGCGGCGAUAUGACUGCGGUAAGAGAGCACCAGGAGCAGCUCUUGGGCCUACUGGAGGAGGUAAAGCAACUACGCCUCCAGAACGUGGAAAAAGACCGGCGCAUUGUGGACCUGGAGCGGCGAGUGGAUGAGCUGGAGCAAUACUCCCGCAUGAAUGAUGUGGUCAUCACCAGCGUUAAGAUCAAGCCGCGCUCCUACGCGCGUGCGGUGGCCGCGGACAGCGGGGAGCCCAGCGUGCAGGAGAUACAGUCGGUGGAGCAGCAGGUGGCUUCCUAUCUCCAGAGCAGGGGAAUAGAGAUGGACCUGGAGCACAUCGAGGAUUGUCACCCACUGCCCAUGAGGAACCAGAGACCACCAGCUGUCAUCAUGAGAUUCACAAACAGAAAAAAGAAAAUCGCACUAAUAAAGCAAGGACGCAAACUCAAAGUUUUCUCUUCGCCCUACCCUGCACUGUGGCUGUUGAAGCAGAGAUCAUUGAUCAGGAUGUCACCACACAACUCAUGGGACCACUGUCAUUAUUUCACCUCCAGCAGACAGACAGUGUCAAUGAGUAUGGUAAAUGAGUGAGAGUGAAUGAGUGAGUGAGUGAGUGAGUAAGUGAGUGAGUGAGUGAUAAGAAGAAUUGGUACAGCUACGAUUGUUAUAGAGGAGAAGGAGCUUACUGGUUUCCUCAUAGGAUUUGACUGCAAAGCAAAAUAUAUGUUGCAUCUGAUCACGAUGCAGCAUGCAUUCAUUUUCUAUAGCACUUCUACUGUUCAGGAUCACAGGGGGUCUGUCACAUUGAGGGCAAAAAGUGACAACAGUAAGAGCAUCUGCCAUAUGAAACAGGAUGUCGAUUGCGUUCAUCUUGUCUUCUCAAAUAAUUAUGUUUAAAAUUCUUGGUUCAGACCAAUCUUUUUGUUGCGUAAGAAUGGUUUCUUACCUCCUGACACUUCAGCCUUCGUCAGAGCUGUCGUAGCUUCCUGGUGUGACGUGUCUAAAAACAGCUGACCAGGUCGGGACACAUUAUUUAGAAAGUUUUCCCUACCCGGUCUGAACACAAGAAUUUUUAACAUACAAACAAAAUGUCAAUUUAAUAAGGGUAGUACAAAUUGAC